AUGAGCUUCUGUAGCCUUAGAAUCUCAGAGGGCUCAUCAUCUGACAGCAUAACAGCUCCUAGAGCCAUUGUUUCUACUCUGCCCAUCGUGUUUCUGCAUCAGCGCACAUGGGUGCAUGUUCAUGUGGGAUAUGCUCAGGGAAGUGGGUGUACACGUGUAACUGUUGCUGCUGAAGUUAGAAAGCAGAUCUCUGGACAGUACAGUGGUUCCCCCCAGCUGCUCAAAAACCUCAACAUAGUCGGCAAUAUAUCCCAUCACACCUCAGUGCCCCUUACUGAAGCAGUUGAUCCUGUGGACUUGGAAGAUUACCUCAUUACUCACCCUUUAGCUGUGGAUUCUGGGCCUCUGAGAGAUCUGGUUGAAUUUCCUCCAGAUGAUAUUGAAGUUGUGUAUAGUCCUAGGGACUGCAGGACCCUUGUUUCAGCUGUGCCUGAGGAAAGUGAAAUGGAUCCACAUGUUAGAGACUGUAUAAGAAGUUAUACAGAAGACUGGGCAAUUGUAAUCAGAAAAUACCAUAAACUGGGAACAGGAUUUAACCCUAACACAUUGGACAAGCAGAAAGAAAGACAGAAGGGACUGCCCAGACAGGUCUUUGAAUCUGAUGAAGCUCCAGAUGGCAACAGCUACCAGGAUGAACAAGAUGACCUUAAAAGGCGUUCGAUGUCAAUAGAUGAUACUCCUAGGGGUAGCUGGGCCUGCAGUAUAUUUGACUUAAAAAAUUCACUUCCGGAUGCCUUGCUUCCUAAUUUACUUGAUCGAACUCCAAAUGAAGAAAUAGACCAUCAGAACGAUGACCAACGGAAAUCAAACCGUCACAAGGAACUGUUUGCCUUACAUCCAUCACCAGAUGAGGAGGAACCAAUAGAACGUCUUAGUGUUCCUGAUGUACCCAAAGAGCAUUUUGGACAAAGACUUCUUGUAAAAUGUUUAUCACUCAAGUUUGAGAUUGAAAUCGAGCCCAUUUUUGCAAGUUUGGCUUUAUAUGAUGUCAAGGAAAAGAAAAAGAUUUCAGAAAAUUUUUAUUUUGACCUUAAUUCAGAACAGAUGAAGGGAUUGUUACGGCCACACGUCCCACCUGCUGCCAUUACCACUCUGGCAAGAUCAGCCAUUUUUUCUAUAACUUAUCCUUCCCAAGAUGUCUUUCUUGUGAUAAAGCUAGAAAAAGUCCUACAGCAAGGAGACAUUGGAGAGUGUGCAGAACCGUAUAUGAUUUUCAAAGAAGCUGAUGCCACCAAGAAUAAGGAAAAAUUGGAGAAGCUGAAAAGUCAAGCUGAUCAGUUUUGCCAGAGACUUGGGAAAUAUCGCAUGCCUUUUGCUUGGACUGCAAUUCAUUUAAUGAAUAUUGUUAGCAGUGCUGGCAGCUUAGAAAGAGACUCCACAGAAGUAGAAAUCAGUACUGGAGAAAGAAAGGGUUCUUGGUCAGAGAGGAGGAACUCUAGUCUUGUUGGUAGACGGUCUCUGGAAAGAACUACCAGUGGAGAUGAUGCUUGCAACUUGACCAGCUUUCGGCCUGCCACCCUCACUGUGGCAAACUUUUUUAAGCAGGAAGGAGACCGCUUAAGCGAUGAAGAUCUGUACAAGUUCCUUGCAGAUAUGAGAAGGCCAUCUUCUGUCCUACGGAGGCUGAGACCAAUUACAGCUCAGCUGAAGAUAGACAUUUCUCCUGCACCUGAAAAUCCCCAUUACUGCUUAACCCCAGAGCUGCUUCAGGUGAAACUUUACCCUGACAGCCGAGUCAGGCCCACCAGAGAAAUUCUGGAAUUUCCUGCCAGGGAUGUCUAUGUUCCAAACACUACUUACAGAAAUCUUCUCUAUAUUUACCCUCAAAGUCUUAAUUUUGCCAACCGUCAAGGUUCUGCCAGAAACAUCACAGUGAAGGUCCAGUUUAUGUAUGGAGAAGAUCCGAGUAAUGCAAUGCCGGUAAUCUUUGGUAAAUCUAGCUGUUCAGAAUUUUCAAAGGAAGCCUAUACAGCCGUAGUAUAUCAUAACAGGUCUCCUGAUUUUCAUGAAGAAGUCAAGGUUAAACUCCCUGCCACCUUAACUGACCAUCACCACUUGCUCUUUACUUUUUAUCAUGUUAGUUGUCAACAGAAACAAAACACUCCUCUUGAAACCCCAGUUGGAUAUACAUGGAUACCCAUGCUGCAGAAUGGACGGUUGAAGACUGGGCAGUUCUGCCUACCGGUCUCGUUGGAAAAACCACCCCAGGCUUAUUCAGUGCUUUCACCUGAGGUUCCUCUACCUGGUAUGAAGUGGGUAGAUAAUCACAAGGGAGUAUUUAAUGUUGAAGUUGUUGCUGUUUCAUCCAUUCAUACACAAGAUCCUUAUCUUGACAAGUUCUUUGCUCUUGUCAAUGCUCUGGAUGAGCACAUGUUCCCAGUUAGAAUUGGGGAUAUGCGGAUCAUGGAAAACAACCUAGAAAAUGAACUGAAGAGCAGCAUUUCAGCCUUGAAUUCCUCGCAGCUGGAACCAGUAGUCCGGUUUCUUCAUCUUCUGCUUGAUAAACUAAUACUGUUAGUUGUAAGACCUCCUGUGAUUGCUGGCCAAAUAGUUAAUCUAGGGCAAGCAUCUUUUGAAGCUAUGGCAUCAAUUAUAAAUCGACUUCACAAAAACUUAGAAGGAAAUCAUGACCAGCAUGGCAGAAACAACCUUCUUGCAUCAUAUAUCUAUUAUGUGUUCCGACUGCCAAAUACUUACCCUAAUUCACCGUCACCAGGUCCUGGGGGUUUGGGAGGAUCAGUGCAUUAUGCCACAAUGGCUAGGUCUGCUGUGAGACCUGCAAGCCUUAACUUAAAUCGUUCUCGAAGCCUUAGCAACAGUAAUCCAGAUAUAUCUGGCACUCCCACAUCACCAGAUGAUGAAGUUCGGUCAAUCAUUGGCAGUAAGGGUUUAGAUCGCUCCAAUUCCUGGGUUAACACUGGUCCAAAAGCUGCCCCAUGGGGAGCCAACCCCAGUCCAAGUGCAGAACCAACACAGGCUAUGGAUCGAAGUUGUAAUCGUAUGUCUUCGCACACAGAGACGUCAAGUUUCUUACAAACAUUAACGGGACGCUUGCCAACUAAAAAGCUUUUUCAUGAGGAACUGGCUUUGCAGUGGGUUGUUUGCAGUGGCAGCGUUCGGGAAUCAGCUUUGCAGCAAGCCUGGUUCUUUUUUGAGUUGAUGGUAAAGAGCAUGGUGCAUCACUUGUACUUUAAUGAUAAGCUUGAUGCUCCAAGGAAAACCCGCUUUCCAGAACGUUUUAUGGAUGACAUUGCUGCUCUGGUUAGCACAAUUGCUGGUGAUGUUGUGUCACGAUUUCAGAAGGACACAGAAAUGGUUGAGAGACUGAAUACAAGCCUUGCCUUCUUUCUUAAUGAUUUGUUGUCUGUUAUGGACAGAGGAUUUGUCUUCACUCUUAUAAAGUCCUGCUACAAACAGGUGUCAUCAAAGCUCUAUUCACUGCCAAAUCCAAGUGUCCUGGUGUCUUUGAGGCUGGACUUCCUGCGAAUCAUCUGUAGCCAUGAGCACUAUGUUACAUUAAAUUUACCCUGCAGCUUGCUCACCCCACCUGCAUCUCCAUCACCUUCUGUUUCUUCUGCAACAUCUCAGAGUUCUGGAUUUUCCACAAAUGUGCAGGACCAGAAAAUUGCAAAUAUGUUUGAGUUGUCCUUGCCCUUCCGCCAGCAGCAUUAUCUGGCAGGCCUUGUGUUGACAGAACUUGCACUCAUUUUAGACCCUGAUGCUGAAGGACUGUUUGGAUUGCAUAAGAAAGUCAUCAAUAUGGUACACAACUUACUUUCCAGUCACGACUCUGACCCACGGUACUCUGACCCUCAGAUAAAGGCUCGGGUGGCUAUGUUGUACCUUCCUCUGAUUGGUAUUAUCAUGGAAACUGUACCUCAACUAUAUGAUUUUACAGAAACACACAAUCAACGAGGAAGACCAAUUUGUAUAGCCCCUGAUGAUUAUGAUAGUGAGAGUGGGAGCAUGAUAAGCCAGACAGUUGCCAUGGCAAUUGCUGGAACCUCAGUCCCUCAGCUGACGAGGCCUGGCAGUUUUCUCCUCACUUCAACGAGUGGCAGACAACAUACCACCUUCUCAGCAGAAUCGAGCCGGAGCCUUCUGAUCUGUCUACUUUGGGUUCUCAAGAAUGCAGAUGAAACAGUUCUGCAGAAGUGGUUUACAGACCUCUCAGUCCUACAGCUGAACCGUCUGUUAGAUCUGCUUUAUCUGUGUGUAUCUUGCUUUGAGUACAAAGGGAAAAAGGUGUUUGAAAGAAUGAAUAGUUUGACCUUUAAGAAAUCAAAAGACAUGAGAGCCAAACUUGAAGAAGCCAUUCUGGGGAGCAUCGGUGCCAGGCAGGAAAUGGUACGGCGGAGCAGAGGGCAGCUUGAGAGGAGCCCAUCUGGAAGUGCCUUUGGGAGCCAAGAAAACCUGCGGUGGAGAAAGGACAUGACUCACUGGCGUCAGAACACAGAGAAGCUCGAUAAAACUUUGCCAGAGUGAAAAUGCAAGUAACAAUGUCACUGUCCUCUUUGGUGGGUACAUCUCAGAAUUUUAAUGAAGAAUUCUUAAGACGCUCUUUAAAAACUAUUUUGACAUAUGCUGAAGAAGAUCUAGAAUUGAGGGAAACUACAUUUCCUGAUCAGGUCCAAGAUCUGGUUUUCAAUCUCCAUAUGAUCCUUUCUGACACCGUUAAAAUGAAGGAACACCAGGAGGAUCCUGAAAUGCUGAUUGAUCUCAUGUACAGAAUUGCCAAGGGCUAUCAGACCUCUCCAGACCUGCGAUUGACCUGGUUGCAGAACAUGGCUGGCAAACACUCGGAACGAAGCAAUCAUGCUGAAGCUGCUCAGUGCCUGGUCCACUCAGCAGCACUUGUCGCUGAGUAUCUGAGCAUGCUGGAGGACCGAAAGUAUCUUCCUGUGGGAUGUGUCACAUUCCAGAAUAUUUCAUCUAAUGUAUUGGAAGAGUCUGCUGUCUCAGAUGAUGUGGUGUCUCCAGAUGAAGAAGGUAUCUGCUCCGGAAAGUACUUUACUGAGUCAGGACUGGUGGGGUUGCUGGAACAAGCAGCUGCUUCCUUCUCUAUGGCUGGCAUGUACGAAGCAGUUAAUGAGGUUUACAAAGUACUCAUUCCUAUUCAUGAAGCUAAUCGGGAUGCAAAGAAGCUCUCCACCAUCCAUGGUAAACUUCAAGAAGCAUUCAGCAAAAUCGUUCAUCAGGAUGGUAAGCGGAUGUUUGGCACCUAUUUCCGUGUUGGUUUUUAUGGAACCAAGUUCGGGGAUUUGGAUGAACAGGAGUUUGUUUACAAGGAGCCUGCCAUAACCAAACUCGCAGAGAUUUCUCACAGAUUGGAGGGAUUUUAUGGAGAAAGAUUUGGAGAGGAUGUGGUUGAAGUAAUCAAGGACUCUAAUCCUGUAGACAAGUGUAAAUUAGAUCCUAACAAGGCAUACAUUCAGAUUACUUAUGUGGAGCCAUUCUUCGACACCUAUGAGAUGAAGGACAGAAUCACUUAUUUUGACAAGAAUUAUAAUCUCCGACGUUUCAUGUACUGUACACCCUUCACUUUAGAUGGCCGUGCCCAUGGGGAACUUCAUGAACAGUUCAAACGGAAAACCAUUCUGACAACGUCUCACGCCUUUCCUUACAUUAAAACAAGGGUCAAUGUCACUCACAAAGAAGAGAUAAUCUUAACACCAAUUGAAGUUGCUAUUGAAGACAUGCAGAAAAAGACACAGGAAUUGGCGUUUGCAACACAUCAGGAUCCAGCAGACCCCAAAAUGCUUCAGAUGGUCCUGCAGGGGUCUGUGGGCACAACUGUGAACCAGGGACCUCUGGAGGUUGCCCAGGUCUUCCUGUCUGAAAUACCUGCUGACCCAAAGCUCUUCAGACAUCACAACAAGCUGCGCCUUUGCUUCAAGGAUUUUACUAAAAGGUGUGAGGAUGCCUUAAGAAAAAAUAAGAGCUUGAUUGGACCAGAUCAAAAGGAGUAUCAAAGAGAACUGGAGAGAAACUAUCACCGCCUUAAGGAGGCUCUGCAGCCUCUGAUAAACAGAAAAAUUCCUCAGCUGUACAAGGCUGCCUUGCCCAUCACCUGCCACAGAGAUUCCUUCAGCCGAAUGAGCCUUCGAAAAAUGGAACUCUAAAAUAGACACUUGUUCUAAUGUAUUCAGCAUUGACUGUGAGGUCUUCUAUUGAAACAUAGGACUUGGAUGUCACUCUGGAAGCAAUAGCAUUAUUUCCUCACUGAAGACUGUGCUACCAGAUGCAGGCUGUUACAUGUGAGGCUCGUGGCUGUGGUUUCUAACCUUCUGGUAACAUGCUGUCAUCUUUUAAAAAAAAAAAAAGUUUUAAUGAUUCAAAG